AUGGGUUUUUUUUGUCGAGAUAAUAUUGUCACGCUGAAAAAGCAACUGGAAGAGCGGGACAAGGAGAUGCACCUGCUGAUUGAGCAGGAGCACGAGACACUAAAUACCGUGGCCACAUUGUAUGAGGAGAAAACACGACUGCAGCUGCGCAUUGUGCAAAUGGAAAAGAAAUGGGGCGCAGAGAAACAAUAUUUGUCCAAAAGCUAUUUGCAGCUACAGCAGAAUAUUCAUCCGUUUAUAGCCAAACAGGAUGCGCUGCGCCUGGAGCUGGAUCGGCACAAAGGCCUCUUGGUAGCUGCCCAAACGGAGCAACUGGAAGAGCGGGACAAGGAGAUGCACCUGCUGAUUGAGCAGGAGCACGAGACACUAAAUACCGUGGCCACAUUGUAUGAGGAGAAAACACGACUGCAGCUGCGCAUUGUGCAAAUGGAAAAGAAAUGGGGCGCAGAGAAACAAUAUUUGUCCAAAAGCUAUUUGCAGCUACAGCAGAAUAUUCAUCCGUUUAUAGCCAAACAGGAUGCGCUGCGCCUGGAGCUGGAUCGGCACAAAGGCCUCUUGGUAGCUGCCCAAACGGAGCAACUGGAAGAGCGGGACAAGGAGAUGCACCUGCUGAUUGAGCAGGAGCACGAGACACUAAAUACCGUGGCCACAUUGUAUGAGGAGAAAACACGACUGCAGCUGCGCAUUGUGCAAAUGGAAAAGAAAUGGGGCGCAGAGAAACAAUAUUUGUCCAAAAGCUAUUUGCAGCUACAGCAGAAUAUUCAUCCGUUUAUAGCCAAACAGGAUGCGCUGCGCCUGGAGCUGGAUCGGCACAAAGGCCUCUUGGUAGCUGCCCAAACGGAGCAACUGGAAGAGCGGGACAAGGAGAUGCACCUGCUGAUUGAGCAGGAGCACGAGACACUAAAUACCGUGGCCACAUUGUAUGAGGAGAAAACACGACUGCAGCUGCGCAUUGUGCAAAUGGAAAAGAAAUGGGGCGCAGAGAAACAAUAUUUGUCCAAAAGCUAUUUGCAGCUACAGCAGAAUAUUCAUCCGUUUAUAGCCAAACAGGAUGCGCUGCGCCUGGAGCUGGAUCGGCACAAAGGCCUCUUGGUAGCUGCCCAAACGGAGCAACUGGAAGAGCGGGACAAGGAGAUGCACCUGCUGAUUGAGCAGGAGCACGAGACACUAAAUACCGUGGCCACAUUGUAUGAGGAGAAAACACGACUGCAGCUGCGCAUUGUGCAAAUGGAAAAGAAAUGGGGCGCAGAGAAACAAUAUUUGUCCAAAAGCUAUUUGCAGCUACAGCAGAAUAUUCAUCCGUUUAUAGCCAAACAGGAUGCGCUGCGCCUGGAGCUGGAUCGGCACAAAGGCCUCUUGGUAGCUUCCCAAACGGAGCAACUGGAAGAGCGGGACAAGGAGAUGCACCUGCUGAUUGAGCAGGAGCACGAGACACUAAAUACCGUGGCCACAUUGUAUGAGGAGAAAACACGACUGCAGCUGCGCAUUGUGCAAAUGGAAAAGAAAUGGGGCGCAGAGAAACAAUAUUUGUCCAAAAGCUAUUUGCAGCUACAGCAGAAUAUUCAUCCGUUUAUAGCCAAACAGGAUGCGCUGCGCCUGGAGCUGGAUCGGCACAAAGGCCUCUUGGUAGCUUCCCAAACGGAGCAACUGGAAGAGCGGGACAAGGAGAUGCACCUGCUGAUUGAGCAGGAGCACGAGACACUAAAUACCGUGGCCACAUUGUAUGAGGAGAAAACACGACUGCAGCUGCGCAUUGUGCAAAUGGAAAAGAAAUGGGGCGCAGAGAAACAAUAUUUGUCCAAAAGCUAUUUGCAGCUACAGCAGAAUAUUCAUCCGUUUAUAGCCAAACAGGAUGCGCUGCGCCUGGAGCUGGAUCGGCACAAAGGCCUCUUGGUAGCUUCCCAAACGGAGCAACUGGAAGAGCGGGACAAGGAGAUGCACCUGCUGAUUGAGCAGGAGCACGAGACACUAAAUACCGUGGCCACAUUGUAUGAGGAGAAAACACGACUGCAGCUGCGCAUUGUGCAAAUGGAAAAGAAAUGGGGCGCAGAGAAACAAUAUUUGUCCAAAAGCUAUUUGCAGCUACAGCAGAAUAUUCAUCCGUUUAUAGCCAAACAGGAUGCGCUGCGCCUGGAGCUGGAUCGGCACAAAGGCCUCUUGGUAGCUGCCCAAACGGAGCAACUGGAAGAGCGGGACAAGGAGACGCACCUGCUGAUUGAGCAGGAGCACGAGACACUAAAUACCGUGGCCACAUUGUAUGAGGAGAAAACACGACUGCAGCUGCGCAUUGUGCAAAUGGAAAAGAAAUGGGGCGCAGAGAAACAAUAUUUGUCCAAAAGCUAUUUGCAGCUACAGCAGAAUAUUCAUCCGUUUAUAGCCAAACAGGAUGCGCUGCGCCUGGAGCUGGAUCGGCACAAAGGCCUCUUGGUAGCUGCCCAAACGGAGCAACUGGAAGAGCGGGACAAGGAGAUGCACCUGCUGAUUGAGCAGGAGCACGAGACACUAAAUACCGUGGCCACAUUGUAUGAGGAGAAAACACGACUGCAGCUGCGCAUUGUGCAAAUGGAAAAGAAAUGGGGCGCAGAGAAACAAUAUUUGUCCAAAAGCUAUUUGCAGCUACAGCAGAAUAUUCAUCCGUUUAUAGCCAAACAGGAUGCGCUGCGCCUGGAGCUGGAUCGGCACAAAGGCCUUUUGGUAGCUGCCCAAACGGAGGUGGAUCGGUUGACCCAACUGCACGCAGAGACGCAGGCAGGCGAAAUGAGAGCCAGAGAACUGCAGAUCCUCUGCGCCCGCACCCCCACUGUGGACAUUUCCAACACCCAGCAGAGUGUGCCCACAGGACUCAAGCGGAAUGCCGAUCAAUAUAUGGCGUUUAUCAACCAGCAUGAACCAGCAGGGUGCCAGUAG